UUGGCCUUGGGUUUCGUAUGGUAGAGUGCUUCUGAAACUAAAAUCAAUUUUGGUGUCUAGGAGAAUCUCUCCUGGACGCUCGCCUUCCCCGUGGAUCCAGUAUGACAAGACAUGUCCUGGAAUAUUAGGAGUCACGGUGGCAGCUUAUUUGCAAGUUAUCUUUAGCUUAUCGUGCUCAGUUCUGGCUGGAAAAGUACAUUGUACAAGCAAAAUUGCCAUCAGCUAAUUGAGCUGGAUACUCAUUGACGCGAUGGCGUCAUCGUCAUCCUCUUCCAUCUCUCGCUCGUCAAACUGGAUCAGCGCCAUAUGCGUUGUUACGUUCGAUUUGGAGCUUGGUCAAGCUCUGGAGACUAUCUAUCCGAAGGACUUUCCCCUGUCUGAUGCUGAGCGAAUGAACACCUGCUACCUGGCGUUUCCCGAUUCUAAUUCCGGCUGCAUGGGCGAUACGCUGCUACACUUCCGGGUGCGUUGCAGUGGUGCUGGUGCGGGUGGUGCUGAUGACACCGGCUCACUAGCCGCCCGCCACGAGGCUGUGCUCUCUCCUCCAGCUCUGAUGUGUGACAACUCGGCCUACUUUGGUUUUUGCUUCUUUCGGCAAGUCAGGGAUCCGCAGAACAAGCGUGGCUACUUUCAGAAGUCUGUAAUCAUCCUGACGCACUACCCCUUCAUUGCACUCUUCUACCUUGUGGCUGAGAUGGUUGCCCCUGAGUUCUUUGACAAUGGUGAAGCAGCACUGGAGGCAGUGUAUCAUCAAAUUCAGCAGUGGCCAUUCCCAAUGCCGGGCCAGUACUUGCAUUUGCCUCUCAUUGGCCAGGUCUUACAGGUUCGCAUUCCGUCCGUAAAGGACAAGCCAGCAACAGUGCGUGCCCCCGUAACGAUACCACCAAUGAGUGUCAGGCCAGUCAUACUGCCGUCUGUCUAUGAGUUGGAGUUCUAUCGGGUUUUACAACCUCUGCUUCCUCACCUCUAUCUGCUGUGGGAGCUUGUUUUACUCAACGAACCUCUUGCUGUAAUGGCACCCAACCCAACGCUGUGUUCUAAAUUUGUCCAAGUCCUCAUCAACAUGAUUCUACCGCUCCACUAUGGCUCAGACUACAGGCCGUAUUUUACAAUCCAUGACACUGAGUUCAAGGACUAUACUACACGUACACAAGCACCGCCCAAUGUCAUUCUCGGUGUCACCAAUCCAUUCUUCACCAAGGCACUGCAACACUGGCCACACGUGGUGCGCAUUGACGAUGCUGCGGACCCAAGCAAGCCGCUGAAGAAAUCCGCCACAUCCAGUCCAGGGCAUGUGAUGGAUGUCAAACCAGGUCUGUACACUCGAUACAAGCCGUUCAUCACACCUGACCGCUCAUCGCUGAGAGCUGUUGGGAGGACCCCGACAACAGCACGGCGUUCAGGCGAUGCACGAGAUACUCACAUACGGCGUAUGCUGUCCGAAGUGACGCAAAGCUUUAUGAUUCCUUUGGAGCGGUAUAUCGCAACACUGCUACCUCUUCAGCGCACCAUCACACCCUGGAGACAACCUCCUGGCCUGAAAGCGUUUAAUCAGACCGACUUCUUGAAGUCACUGGAAAUCUCCGGUCCCCACCUGACAACUGGUCUGAAAGGCAACUGGACAGGCCUGUACAAGCGCUUUUUCUCCACACCAAACUUCCAGUAUUGGCUGCGACUACGCCAGUUGGAAGCUACGAACAAGAUCCGAGUGCUCUACUUGGAAGCUAUUUGCAAAGCAGAUGUCCUAUUCUGGAUGCGUGGUAAAACGGAAGUGGAGGUUGUGGACUUUGUCUUACGCCUUCAUGAUCUCUUGUAUGGCCAGGAGAGCGAGGUGAUGAGCCCACUGUCACCACGCCUGGAGCAGGCAUUGUCCGGGCAGGUGCGUCUCAUCACCAGCGCACUGCAGCCGGACAUGCGCGCGCUACUCUCCACGCUAUCUUCUCCCAUGCAAGCGGUCAUGCAGGAUGCGCCUCCUACCUCACAGGCCCCUGGUACGACGCAUGCAACUGAGUAGCCCAUGCAACUGAGUAGCCCAUGCAACUGAGCUUUGAGCUACUUUGAAGCACAUGUACCGGUAUUGUUACCUGCUAUGUGAGCCUUGUAUAGUAUUGUUGAUGUAAUGUGAGUUACACUACUUAUGAACUUGAAAUGCCUGGCUAUCGCUCCUUCCCACUGCAUUGGUCUCUAUGUCCUGGCCAAGGGAAGGUGAAAUAAACUGAUAAGUGUGAGGAUCUUGAGACGCACCAUUGAGCCUACCAAUCCUGAAUGUACCAGCGAAACGGUCUAGACUGUAUUUGACUCGUCUCCACUCCCAAUGUGUAAAGAACACCCUACUUGCAUUGUUCAUUCCCCAAUUCUGUCUGUACAUUGUGUGAGUAAUAUCUAUUGCUAGUAGAUGGAUAGCCUUGUCUGCACAUCAUGAGAUUCUUAGGAACUGAUUUGUUUUUGUAUUGAUGGGAAAUAUGUACAUAGUGUAAUUGAGUUCUGCACAAUGCUUGUUUGUUUUUACUUCUACACUGUAGUAUACAUGUAGUACUGCAGGGGGGGAGUAUUUACCUAUUUGUGGGGUACGGGUCACUGUACAUACUAUCCUUAUUUUUGCCCUGUACACCCGGGUCUAUUCUUUACCUUUGUUUUUUUUAAACUUCUUAUCACCACAGCGUACACCCUGUACAUGUAUUAUAGAUUUGUAUGUGUUGCCUGCAUAUACAUAUUAUACAAUAGCUGUUUGCCUGUUUCUCUCGUUUAUAGACUUGUCGAUGCUGUGCAUUGCCUAGGGUCACGGGUGACCUCCGGCCAAGUAUUUUAUUUUCCUUCUUUUUUUCUUCUUUCCGUCCCCCUAUUUCUUGCUUUCUAGUUUCUCUUCUUGCUUUCAUCGCUGAUGUACAUGGCGAGACUUUGCCGUGCUGUAGAUAUGCUACUGCUGCUGUGAGCUUCAUGCUGACGCUGUAUUUUAGCCGUGACAGGUUUGGCCAGUGGCUCCUAGUUUGCUCAUGUUGCUUAUUAAUUCCUAUCCAGCAUCACCAGUCCAGAACAGUACUUCGACUGUAAUUUCGUCAAAAAGAAGCUGGUGACAACUGAUGUCAGUGAUGGAAAAUACUUUCAGCUGUUUA